AUGUCUCAAUCAAACCCUCCAGGAGGACGCUCCUCUGACGUUGUGUCCGCCAAAACCUGGGACCGCGAAGAAUACGCCAAAAAGGCUGCCGACGACGAAGCGAAGCGCAAAGCAGAAGGCAAAGCCCGCUACGAAGCCAAGCUCCUCGGCAAGAAAUACCACGCACCGGUCGACUACGACUCACUCGAGGCGACGACCGCGCGUCAAAACCGACUCAAUGUUUCCUCACAGGUCGGCAAGACGACCAUCGUGCCUGCGGGCGCGUCGAUGGGCAAGAAGGGCAAAGGUGCAGGAUUCUACUGCCCGGACUGCGACCUGACCUUCAAGGACAAUAUUCAGUUUGUGGAGCAUCUGAAUAGCAAGCAGCAUUUGAUUGCGACGGGGCAGAGUGGCGAGGUUGUUCGGGCCGGGGUUAAGGAGGUGCGGACGAGGUUGCGCAUGUUGGCGAAGCGGAAGCGGGAUCGGGAUGAGGAGGAGCGCAAGGCGUGGCAACUGGACCUUGGGGAGAGGUUGAGAGAUCGGGAGGAGCAGGAUGCCAAGGAGCGGGAGGAGAAGAGGCGCAAGAGGAAUGAGAAACGCAGGAAGGGUGGUGUUAAGGAAGAGGAUAACUGGGAAGGGCGACUGGGUAUCAUCGCCUGA